AUGGCUACCGGAAUCUUCAACUCCACCUAUUACGGCAAGGACUACCGCGCCGGUGCCGCCCUCCUGCGUGCCCGCCGCCCAUACCUGUUCAAGAACGCCUUCACAGGUCUCGGCUUGUUCGCAUUCACGAUCGCUGUCUACAGCUAUACUAUCAAGGCUGUAGGCCAGGAAGAAUUCUCAGACGUCAAAGUCCCCGAUGCCCCCGCGGACAAGAAGUAA